AUGGCUCUCGAUCGUUUGAUCGAAUUCUACCGAUCAUGUCUUUUCCAGAUCAUUAUCGUAGGAUUGGUCGCUUUUUGCGAGCCCGGCAUCUGGACUGCCCUCAACAACCUUGGAGCAGGUGGUAACGCCAGUCCUCAACUCAACAACGCUGCCAAUGCCUUGACAUAUGGACUCAUGUCGGUAGGAUGUUUUCUUGCUGGCGGUGUCACCAACAAAAUCACUGCGAAAUGGACCUUGUUCAUCGGAGCUGCAUUCUAUACUCCCUAUGCAGCUGGUUUAUACUGCAAUAAUCGCUAUGGAAAUGAAUGGUUUUUAUUGCUUGGAGCCGCUCUUUGUGGAAUUGGAGCCUCUCUUCUAUGGGCCAGUGAGGCUGCCAUCGCGGUUGGAUAUCCAGAGGAGGAGAAGCGAGGACGAUACGUUGGAAUCUGGAUGGGUAUCCGACAAAUGGGACCGCUAGUUGGCGGCGCGAUAUCCCUCGCUCUUAAUAUCAAUACCGCACAUGUCGGCAAGGUCACCUACACAACAUACUUGGGCCUCGUUGCCAGUUCAUCCCUUGGAGCACCUUUCGCAUUGUUGCUAUCGCAGCCACAAAAGGUGAUCAGAAAAAAUGGCACCAGUAUUCCUUACAUGAAAGACACGAGCUUUGCAAUUGAGGCGCGAGCUAUCUGGAAGCAACUCAGGAAUAAAUACAUGUUGCUACUUAUUCCGGUCUUCCUUGCAGGACAAUUUGGUACAACUUACCAAGGAAAUUAUCUGACAACAUAUUUCACUGUCCGCUCCCGAGCCCUUGCAUCUUUCCUAACGGCUGUUGUUGGCGCCAUAGCCAACGUGGUGACAGGCAUACUUCUGGAUCUCAAGUAUUUCUCCCGACGCACGAGAUCCAAAGCCGUGUAUAUAUUCGUCCUCGUAUUCGUUACUGCAGCUUGGAUAUGGAACGCUGUCACACAGACGAAGCUCUCCCGUAUGGCUGAUCCACCCGCCUUCGAUAUGGGUGAUGGUCCCUUUUUCAAUUCGUCCUUUGCCGUCUACAUGUUCUUCAAAUUCUUCUACGAGGUGCUACAAACAUACAUCUAUUGGUUAAUGGCUGAGAUCAAAGGAGCCCAGCGAGACGGUGAUAUUGCAAGGACGACGGGAAUUCUCAGAUCGUGGGAGUCUAUUGGCAGCACUAUUGCUUACGCGGUCGGCGCAACUUCCUGGUCCAACUUGAACCAGAUGAUACUAGGAUUCUCACUGUGGGGGUUCACAAUCCCUUUCACUAUGCUCGCUGUGUUUGGCAAUUGGAAUCAGGAUACGCCUGAGAUGGAGCAACUUGAAGAGGAUAGCAGUAGCCUCGAGGCACAGCGGGUGGUCAUCAAUUCCGACGGGAAGGAUUGA